AUGCAAGUUUGUCUCCCUCAGGUGGGCAUCAACUGUUAGCCCCCUAUCGUGGUUCUCGGCGGCGACCCUGCCAAGGUGCAGCGCGCCGUCUGCAUGCUGAGCAACACCACCGCCAUCUCCAUGGCCUGGGCCCGGCUGAACGUCAGGUUCGACAAGAUGUACGCCAAGCGGGCCUUCGUCCACUGGUACAUGGGCGAGGGUCUGGAGGAGGGGAAGUUCCAGGACGCGCGGGAGGACACGGCCUCGCUGGCGAAGAAUUACCAAAAAGUGGCGGUGGACUCCGCCGAACUCGACAGGAAAAGGGGAAGAGAAAAGUUCCUCCAGGUCAACGCCUUUGACCACAGUUCCAUCGGGCGGUGGUCGCCACUUAAUGUCCCACAGGCGCUGCAGAAGAAGGACGAGAUGGACUCAGCCCACACGGAGAUGACCGUGGCUGAGUGCUGCCGGCUGGAACGUUCUCGCCUGCAGGAGUACGUGCUGAGCAGUGCACUCAAAGUUGCUACAGCCACUGCAAAGGCCCGGUGGGGAAGAACAACAGUUUAA